AAAAACAUAUUUAAAAAGUCCCCAGCAGUUCAAAAAUGUGACAGGCAGGAGAAUAAAUUAUAAAUUUUUAGUCAUUUUAAUUUUUGUUUCAAAAUGUACAAAGGAUUCACACGAAUACUGGCUCUUUAUUGCAUGGAAAGAUUACAACCGUAUGUGUCUCCAUUCGUCAGGAGUAACGUUCUGUGCACUCGUCAAGAAAAACUUGGAUGUAUAGGUUAUGUUUUCAAGAGAGGUAAAAAGCACGACCGCGGGAAUCCAUCGGCUCUUUUUGUUCCUGUACCAGUGAAGCCAAAUCCGGAUGAUAUGAACAUCGGGGAAGAGUUUACAGGUCGCUUGAAGAAACAGGAUUUACUAAAAAUUCUAAACAAGUUCUACCAGAAACCAGAAGUCCGUGUACUGGCUUCAGAAAAUGGAUUGGAUGACCAGUUAUUACAUCAGGCCUUCUUGUCGUUUAGAAGACACUGUCUAGAACAUGAUUUGCCGCCAGAUUUACACAUAACAAUUAGUGAUAUUCUUCAAGGUGCUGGACAUGUUGAUGACCUUUUUCCAUUCUUCCUCCGCCACGCACGAUUGGCAUUUCCUCACUUAGACUGUUUAGAUGAUUUGAAAAAAAUAUCAGAUUUGAGAACUCCAGCCAAUUGGUACCCUGCAGCCAGAAGUAUGAAUAGAAAAAUUGUAUUUCAUGCUGGCCCUACAAAUUCUGGCAAAACAUACCAUGCAAUGGAGAGGUUCCUUGGGUCAAAGUCUGGUGUGUAUUGUGGCCCGCUGAAGUUGUUAGCAACUGAAAUAUACCAUAAAUCCAAUAAGCGGGGUACUGCAUGUGACCUUAUCACAGGGGAAGAGAGAAGGCAUGCAUCUCAGUAUGCUACUCUAACCAGUUUAGAGGAACCGGAACAGCCUAAAUCAGAGACUGAAUCCUUCAUCAUUAAUGACACGGAACUCACUCCAUCAGAACAUGUUGCUUGUACAGUUGAAAUGACGUCACUCAAUCAUACAUAUGAAGUAGCCAUUAUCGAUGAAAUCCAAAUGAUUGGCGACAGAGGACGAGGAUGGGCGUGGACUAGAGCUAUACUAGGCUUACAAGCAGAUGAAAUUCAUUUAUGUGGUGAGGCAGGAGCUAUAAAUCUUAUAGAGGAAAUAUGUAACACAACUGGUGAAGAAAUGGAGGUUCGCACCUAUAAAAGGUUGACGGAAUUGAAGGUUGAAGACUCGGCCUUGGGAUCCCUCGAUCACGUGAAGCCUGGAGACUGUAUAGUGUGUUUCAAUAAGAACGACAUUUACAGUGUAAGUCGGGCCAUAGAACAGAGGGGUCAUGAGGUAGCUGUCAUAUACGGAAGCUUGCCUCCGGGAACGAAGUUGGCACAAGCAAACAAGUUCAACGACCCAGAGAGUUCUUGCAAAGUUAUGGUAGCCACAGACGCCAUCGGACUUGGUAUCAAUUUGAGCAUACGAAGGAUAAUAUUCUACUCGCUCAUAAAACCAGUGAUCAACGAAGAUGGUGACAAAGAAAUAGACGUUAUUAGUAUAUCUCAAGCUUUACAAAUUGCGGGCAGGGCAGGCAGAUACGGCAGUGCGUGGGAGACCGGCUACGUCACAACAUAUAAAGCUGAAGACCUGGCAACGCUGAAGACACUGCUGUCAAAACCGCCUGACCCCGUCGCUCAAGCGGGGCUGUACCCCACAGCUGAACAGAUGGAGCUAUACGCCUAUCAUCUACCUCAUGCUACACUCAGUAGUCUUAUGGACAUAUUCGUGCAUCUAUGCACAGUGGACGACUCGCUAUACUUCAUGUGCAACACGGAAGGCUUCAAGUUCCUAGCGGAGAUGAUUCAACACGUGCCGCUGCCGCUGCGCGCGCGCUACGUGUUCUGCUGCGCGCCCAUCAAUAACAAGCUGCCUUUUGUGUGCGCGCAGUUUCUUAAGAUGAUCCGCCAAUACAGCAGAAACGAGCCAAUCACUAAGACUUGGAUGUGCAACGCCGUCGACUGGCCGCUGCCUCCGCCGAAGACUAUCAUGGAUCUGGUGCAUCUGGAGUCGGUCUUCGAUGUUCUAGAACUGUAUUUAUGGUUGAGCUAUAGAUUUCCAGACAUGUUUCCUGACGUUAAACUAGUGCGUGAGAUGGAGACUGAACUAGAUACCAUUAUUCAGCAAGGAAUAUUCCAAAUUACUAGGUUACUGAGAAACUCAGAGCAGGUUCUCCGCGACGACCCUGAGAGCGAGCCGCUGAGCAAACGAACAGCGAGGAUGGCCGGUCAAGUAAUGGCCCACAACCACAAUACUGACGAGAAGGGGAAAUUAUCCGACAUGCUCGUGGCUAGGGGCCUGAUCACUCCUCAAAUGCUAAAGAAGCUGCAGCAGGAGUUGUCGACUGACAGCAAAACAGACAGAAGUAAAAAGAAGACGACCGCGAUCCACAGACGUUUUGUUUAUAUUUUCACAGCAUACAGAGUUUUCGAUGUGGAUGAUGUCCAUACGGUGUUGGCUUUGGAAAAUGAAGAAGUAAACAUAGUGUGCAGAACAGGGAUCCCUAUGGCUUAUUGUGGUUUUAUCCAUCCGAGUGGGAAGAGAUAUUCAUUUUCAGGUCACAGUUUAGCUGAUGGACACUGCGCCGUGAAGAUAAAAGCGACUAAACACGACUCCGGAGACUGGCGGUGUCACAUUGGAAAACGGACCAUAGGCCUUGAGUUGAUGCAAAAAAUUAAACUGAGGGUAGUCAGUAACCUUGCUGCUAUAGAACCAAACGUCACCACAAUACACGGGAAAGAUGUGACUCUCACCUGCGUUACUACGAAAGAGAAGAUUCCUCUGAGAUAUUGUCGAUUUGAACCACCUAAGAAUAGCCCUUUCAGCAUAGAUUCAGCUGUAAUACCUACAAAGGCUAUCCUAGGCAAGUAUUUUUACCCGAGCAACAAAAGUUUAGACCGAGGCGACUGCGCUGUUACCAUUCGCAAAGUAAAGUACAGUGACGUAGGACUCUGGACCUGCGGGGCGGGCCUGGACGAUGGCAACGAGUACACUGACGUCAUCAAACUGGACGUCGAAGGUUUGUACACAAUGUCGACAGCAUCAACAACUGGCAUCACAUUCGGGACUAUCGGCAUUAUCGUCUUCCUGAUAAUCCUGGGCCUAAUAGCGUGGAAGAAGCGAACAGUCCUGGGAACAGCUGAGCUACCCGAAGCGGUAGACAUUCAUGAGCUCCAGGACUUGGAGCUUCGGCCCGUGUCGAGAGCGGAGUCCCAGCGGUCGAUAAGAUCUCCCAUCGCAACUUCAGCACCUACGCUAGUCGUCCAAAGUCCCUCCACCCCUGGAUCUUCACACAUGCUCGGAGAAGAUUAAGACUUUGAUCAUCGACUAUACAAUUUUCUUAGACAUAACCCGUAAACUCAUGCAAGCGAAUACAUGGUUGUGAAAGUUAUAAAGUAUCAUUGUUGUACCAAUUUUUAAAUAAAAUAAUUCUAAUAGGUAUUUAAUAAAAUUAUCCAUAGCUUU